CUAACAGCGGACGUAGCUGUUGCUUCGCCCUGCAGCAAGGCCCAUUUCAAGAGGUGCUUCCACCUAUAGUCGCCCUGGAGCCUUCCUGGAUCCUGGCAAGGGUGGCAAAGUUCUCAUCUCUAAUGGGGUACAGUGGUGUCUUCAUAGCUCACAGCAACGUCGAACUCCCAAGCUCAAACGAUCAUCCUGCCUUAGUCUCCCGAGUGGCUGGGACUACAGACACGUACUAUCACGCCCUUAUUUUUGUUUUUAAUUUUUUUGUAGAGACGGGAUCUCACUAUGUUUCCCAAGCUGGUCUCCAACUCAUGGGCUGAAGAGGUUCUCCAGCCUCUACCUACCUAAGGGCUAGGACUACACGCAUAAGCCGGCAUGCCAGGUCUGUGUGUGUAUGUUUCAUGUCAUUGGUCCUCAUGCACCCAGGACUCUCCAGCAUCCCUCUCUGUCUUAACAGAAAUAGCAGAUGACAAUGGAAUCAAACAAGAAAGUCCUUUAUUGUCUUCAGAGCGCUGGUGGUAGGGCUGAAGACCUUAUGGCCACUCAGCUGUGACAUCCCUGGACCAGUUGUAGAGGAGUAUAGCGCCUUUGGCGGAGGGGCACAGCUCAGCCCAAGUCUCUGUCUCCUGCAAUCUCUGCACCUUCUGUGGGUAGACAAUGAGACCCAGAUGUCAUCUUCUGUGGGGACCCAGAAUUCCUGAGCUUCAGAGCCCACUGCACUGCAUUGCACUGCACUAUCCCUAGGGAGACAUGUUAAAGGGCCGAACAGGCCUGGACCUUCCUUUGGGCAAGGGGCAAGUCUAUGACUCUGGAGACAAUUCUGAGAACCUGGGGAGUCCCCUGUCCAACCCAGCCACUUCCUCCCCUAAGGCCUUCAUCACUAGGCCUCUUUGUGGACCCCAACCCUGGUGUCCAACCAAGAUACAGUUUGCCUCCUCGCACCUGUGUCUCCACAAAGAGGAUUCCUGUAGACUCAUGGGCCUCGGGUCCCCCACUGAGGUAAUACUUCCGCACCUGCUCAGAAGUCAGGCUGCAUCUGGACAAGAGCAUGAAGGUGACCUGUUUGUGACCAUGAACUCCUCUGGAGAAAGGAGGCAGGAAGCAGCAGGGCCCAGGGGCAGAAGAGUUCACAGACGGGAACAGGACCGAGAUGUGCAACUCUCCAAGGCUCUGUCCUAUGUGCUGCGCCAUGGGGCCUUGAAGCUGGGACUUCCCAUGGGAGCCGAUGGCUUUGUGCCCCUAGGGGCCCUCCUGCAGCUACCCCAGUUCCAUAGCUUCUCAGUUGAAGAUGUGCAGCGCGUGGUGGACACUAAUGGGAAGCAGCGGUUUGCCCUGCAGCCAGGAGAUCCCAGCACAGGCCCUCUCAUCCGGGCCAAUCAGGGCCACUCUCUGCAGGUACCUGAGUUGGAGCUGAUGCCCAUAGAGACACCACAAGCCCUGCCCCUGACUCUAGUCCAUGGCACAUUCUGGAAGCACUGGCCAUCCAUCCUGCUAAAGGGCCUGUCCUGCCGUGGAAGGACACACAUCCACCUGGCCCCAGGGCUGCCUGGGGACUCUGGUGUCAUCAGUGGCAUGCGGUCAAACUGUGAAGUAGCUGUGUUCAUCAAUGGACCCCUGGCCCUGGCAGCCCUAUUGACAGAUGGAAUACCCUUUUUCCGCUCUGCCAAUGGGGUUAUCCUGACUCCAGGGAAUGCUGAUGGUGUCCUGCUUCCCAAAUACUUCAAAGAGGCCCUGCAGCUCUGCCCUACCCGAAAGCCCCUCUCCUUGGCUGAUGAUAAAGACACAGAGGGUCAGAGGGCCCCAAGCACAGCUCUAGAAGAAGAAAGAUGAUCCAACGAUAAAAUAUUAAUUUAUAAAAAAGAAAUUUUAAAAAGUAACAAGAAA